AUGGCGCCUUCAGCAAUCUCCACCACACCUCCGCCGUCAACCACGGGGGCAUCUUCGCUCGCUAGCUACCGCGGCUACGAUCAUGUCCACUGGUACGUCGGCAACGCAAAGCAAGCCGCAAGCUACUAUAUCACUCGCAUGGGAUUCAAGCGCAUCGCAUAUCGUGGUCUCGAGACUGGCAGCCGUCACAUCUGUUCGCACGUCAUUCGCAACGGCGACAUUACUUUCAUCCUGACCUCGCCUCUGCGGUCUCAGAGCCAGGAUCAGAUCGGCCGCUUCACCCCGAAGAGCAAGCUGAGCUGCGAUGUCUCCUUCGAGGUAGACAAUGUUGAGGCUGUUUUCAACGCUGCGGUGAAGAACGGCGGCAAGGCCGUGUCUGAGCCGAAAAUUCUGAAGGACAAAGAUGGUCAUGUCAAGGUCGCAACCAUCCAGACCUAUGGUGAAACUACCCACACCCUGAUUGAGCGUGGCCAGUACCGCGGUGCCUUUUUGCCUGGCUAUCGUCUUGAGACUGGUACUGAGGAUCCGAUCACAAAAUUCCUGCCUCCUGUUGAGUUGAAGUUCAUUGAUCACUGCGUUGGCAACCAGGAUUGGAAUGAGAUGGACAAGAUUUGCGAAUACUAUGAGAAGGCACUUGGCUUCCAUCGCUUCUGGUCUGUCGAUGAUAGCCAGAUUUGCACUGAAUUCUCAGCUCUGAAAAGUAUUGUCAUGGCUUCACCUAACGAGGUUGUCAAGAUGCCAAUCAACGAGCCCGCCAAGGGCAAGAAGCAGUCCCAGAUUGAAGAGUACGUAGACUUCUACGAUGGCGCCGGUGUUCAGCACAUUGCUCUCCAGACCGACGAUAUCAUCCGCGAUAUCACCAACUUGAAAGCUCGUGGAGUGGAAUUUAUCAAGGUCCCGGAGACAUAUUACACCGACAUGAAGGCACGCCUGAAGCAGUCCAGCUUAGUUCUGAAGGAAGACUUUGAGACUAUCAAGAGUUUAGAUAUCUUGAUUGACUUUGACGAGGGUGGCUAUCUUCUCCAGCUGUUCACAAAGCACAUGAUGGAUCGCCCCACUGUCUUCAUUGAGAUUAUCCAGCGACACAAUUUCGAUGGCUUCGGUGCUGGUAACUUCAAGUCUCUGUUCGAGGCCAUUGAAAGAGAGCAGGAGCUGCGUGGCAAUCUCGUUUGA